UAUCUUGUGACGUUUACAAGCAACUGGACCGGUAAAUACAGGCUGAUCGUGGUCGUUUUGGGCGCUAGUGGACUUUACUCCUAUAAAGUAUUUACAUACAAUAACCUGCUGUUUGCCUAAUCAUGUAAUCUUUAUUUAUCUUUAUUUAAAAUGAAAUGUUACCUAAUAAAAAGCAACAAUAAUAUGGACAAACCAGUAUCAUCAGAUAUUGUACUUAUUGCAGGCAAUUCUCAUCCAGAGUUAGCUAACCUUAUUGCUAACCGAUUAGGUGUUAAACAUGGAGGAUGCUCCGUAUAUCACAAGUCAAACCGUGAAACUAUGGUUGAAAUUGGAGAUUCUGUACGGAGCAAAGAUCUUUACAUUAUUCAAACUGGAACAAAGGAUGUGAACAAUAACAUAAUGGAGCUUUUGAUCAUGGCUUAUGCUUGCAAAACUUCAUCUGCAAAAAAUAUUGUCGGUGUUAUUCCUUAUUUACCAUACUCUAAACAGUGCAAAAUGCGUAAACGAGGAUGCAUAGUUUCUAAGCUGCUAGCAAAGAUGCUAUGCAAGAGCGGUUUAACUCAUAUAAUUACAAUGGACCUGCAUCAAAAAGAAAUACAAGGAUUUUUUGAUGUACCAGUUGAUAAUUUACGUGCUAGUCCAUUUUUACUACAAUAUAUUCAAGAAUCUAUUCCAGAUUAUCAUAAUUCAGUGAUAGUCGCAAGAAAUCCUGGCAGUGCGAAAAAAGCAACUAGUUACGCGGAAAGAUUACGAUUGGGAAUAGCGGUAAUCCAUGGAGAACAAAGGGAAGCCGAAUCGGAUAUGAAUGAUGGGCGUUACUCUCCUCCGGCUCUGGCUUCGCGAACUAUGGAAGUCGGAGUUGGUGUUCCGAUGCAUCCAGCAAAAGAAAAGCCACCGAUUAAUGUUGUAGGGGAUGUCGGUGGACGUAUAGCCAUUAUGGUGGAUGACAUGAUAGAUGAUGUUCAAUCUUAUGUAGCUGCAGCCGAAGUUCUUAAGGAAAGAGGAGCGUGUAAAAUUUAUGUUUUAGCCACACAUGGUCUCCUAAGCUCUGAUGCUCCGAGAUUAAUAGAAGAAUCUCCGAUUGACGAGGUUGUUGUUACAAAUACAGUUCCUCAUGAUGUUCAAAAGAUGCAAUGUCCGAAAAUAAAGACUGUUGAUAUCAGUAUUCUGCUAGCAGAGGCUAUUAGACGUAUUCACAAUAAGGAGUCUAUGUCGUACUUGUUCAAAAAUGUUACUCUAGAAGAUUAAAACCAAUAUUUUAAUUA